AUGUCAGACUGGGGCCCAGUUUUUAUGGCUGUGGUGCUUUUCAUUCUGUUAACUCCAGGGCUACUGUUUCAGUUACCAGGGCGGCAUAGGUGCGUUGAGUUUGGAAAUUUCCAGACAAGUGGUGCAUCCAUUAUGGUUCAUACUCUUCUCUAUUUUGCUCUGAUUUGCGUUUUCUUGCUGGCUGUUAAGGUUCACUUGUACCUUGAAAUCAAAGUAUUAGGGAUGAUAUAUGGGAGGUCUGAUUUUUUGAAAUUAUAUAAAGAUGGGCUGACAAAGGUGAGGAGUCAGGGUGGCGCUCAAAGUCCGGUGCUCACUUCUCUAACUUUGUAG